UGCGUUUACGACAGAGUGCUGCUCGUGCAUGAGCGUGGAGGAAAUGGUAGGAAGAUGGCGGCGUUGAAGGAGGAGCAGUGCUACGGGCUGUCCUGUGGACAAGUGAGCAAUGGCAGUAAUGUCUCCGUCUUUCACGUAAAACUCACUGACAGCGCCUUGAGGGCAUUUGAAGGUUACCAGAGCAGCAAGGGCCUGUCUUCACAACCGCUGAUCCGAUUUACUGGAAACCAAGGGAAAAUCUCAAUACCACGGUCGGAAAAUCCGAAUGAGCUGCGGACGUUUACUUUCUACUUGUCCAAUGUGGGUAGAGACAACCCACAGGGCAGCUUCGACUGCAUUCAGCAGUACAUCACCAGUGAAGGGAGCAUUCAGCUGGACUGCCUGGGUGGGAUCCAGGACAAGAUCACUGUGUGUGCCACGGACGACUCCUACCAGAAGGCCAGGCAAAGCAUGGCUCAGGCAGAGGAGGAGACCCGCAGCAGGGGUGCUAUCGUCAUCAAGCCUGGGGGGAGAUACGUGGGUAAGAAGGUGCAGAUCCGGAAACCAGCGCCUGGACUGUCUGACAUCGCUCCGUCGCGGCGGACUUCGCGGCCAGUCAUCAUCUCCAGCAGCACGGGGAAGAAGAGCACGGCGCAGCAGAGGCCCCUGAGGGAGCGCCUCACCCACCUGCUGGCCCUCAAGCCCUACAGGAAGCCAGAGCUCAUCCUACGCCUGCAGAAGGACGGCCUCUUGCCCUUCGACAAAGACUCUCUUGACAGCCUCCUGCAACAGGUGGCUAACCUAAAUGGGAGAGACAACACCUUCACAUUGAAGGACUCUUUGUUUAAGGACAUUCAGAAGGACUGGCCAGGCUACACUGAGGGAGACCAGCAACUUCUGAAGAGGAUCCUUGUUCGGAAAAUGAGUCAGGCCCAAAGUCAGACUCCGAGCAUGACCACCACCACAGUGGCUCCGCCACCUCCAGCUGAGGUCCCACUCCCAGUGAGCCCUCCCAAAGAGCUGGCCAGCAGCUCCCCGUUGCAGAAACGGCCGGCUGCGGAUUUCAUCGAUCCACUGGCCAACAAAAAGCCCAGGAUAUCACACCUUGCCAACAAGGCAGCAGGACCAAUAAAUGGCAAGCUGAGUUCCUCUAAUGGGAAGGAGGUGAGCGGGGCCGUGGUUGGGUCAGUGGGAGACGGUGUGACGUCCAGCUCCCAGCUCCCCCUGCUGGACAUCCCCCGGCCUUUCGACCCACUCUCCGACGUCAGCAACGACUCCAGCCACAAUGGCCGGGACUGUGAGGGCCAGGAGGCAGCCGUGGCCGAGAGGCUGAGCCAGCCACCCGUCUUCUCUGGGCCUGCAGCACUGUCCGUACCAAGCCUGGGCCCCUCGUCCCCCAGACACACGGGCCUCGACGGUCCCCGAGGCAAGAGCUCCUCGCCCUCCCUGCACGGCAAGAGCUCCUCGCCCUCCCUGCACGGCAAGUCCAAGAAGAAGUCCAAAAAACACAAAGACAAGGAAAAGUCCAAGGAGAGAGGAAGGGAGAGGGAAAGAGAAAAGGAGAGGAAGGUAGUCGAGGAGCGAGUUCCUGAACCAAGAAAGGCCUGUGACAUCAUCACCUCCUGCCCUGACAACCUGAAGAGCAGCAGUAUUCCACACAGGAGCACAGAUCUCAAUGGAAUGUGCAACAACACCAGUGUUCCUUCGUCAUCGACUGAGAUGGCAGACUAUUUAUCGAAGUAUACUGUGAUUGGGUCUUCCGAGCAGCGUCAGACCUACAAGAAUGACUUUAAUACUGAGUACAGUGAGUACCGGGGCCUCCACGCUCGGAUAGAGGGCAUCACUCGACAGUUCACUGUGCUGGACACUGAGCUCAAGCAGCUCCAACAAGGCACAGACCAGUACAAGACAAUCCACAAUCAGAUACUCCAAGAGUAUCGUAAAAUAAAAAAGACGAAUCGAAACUAUAGCCAAGAGAAGAACCGCUGUGAAUAUCUACACAACAAACUGGCACAUAUAAAGAAACUUAUAGCAGAGUAUGAUCAUCAGCAACUUCAUAACUGGCACUAGUUUGACAUUGUUUUCUCUUUCUCUCUGGAAACCAGACAGAGAAAGAGAAACUGGAUUCUGCUUGCUCUAAAAGUACUUGUUAAAGAUGCCAUGAAGGGAGUAUUCCCCUCAUUGGGGCCAAAAGCACUAGUGAGGACAAAGCAGACCACAUUAUAUUUUUUCUUUUUUUAAGACUGUGGCAUGUUUGGCCAGAUCUCUGUGUAGCUACACUGCAUCCGGAAAAGCUUUGUGGGGUGUUUCUCAUACUCUCAGUCCCACGUUAGUGCACAGAGAUUUCUCAGAGUAGAAAUGGAAAAUCCACAUUCUUUGGAGAUCUCCAAACAGCCUUUCCUGGUUUGUAGACUGGGGGGUGGUGGUAACACUGAAAUGGAGUCGGCAGAUCUUAAGCCAAAUGCAAAUAGUUUGAGAGAAAAAAAAAUGGAUUAUGUGAUAUCACGUUUUUUCCCAUAUAUUGAAAUGGAAGGUUCUGAUGUUGAACUAUUUUACUAUGUUUUCUUUUUUAAUUUAUUUUUUUCUUUUUGGACUUACAUAGGGGUAACAAGUUAUGUUAUAAUUUUACACUCCUCAAUCAGUACUACACAGCAGUGUCUCUUGUUUUUGUCUUCAUCUUGAAUGUCAGCCAGUAUUUUAUGCAAAAGCUGCCAUCAAAUUGUCCAUCUGUUGCUGUUCAUAAUUUGUUUCUUUUUAAAGAGAUACAACUAUCCCCAUCAAUUAAUAAAGACAACGCUAUAAAAUCUCCAGUCAGGCUCAGGUGCCUCUGUUUGGCUUUUCUUACAUCUUGUUCAGAAGGACAUCAUGCAAGAGCAGCUGCAGCCUCAGAUGAUAGGAGCUUAAUGAUAUAAAGGGUUAACACAAGCUGGGAAAGUAUUUUUGUGGAAAACUGUAAUUAUAGUUUUUUCGUAUAGUUAGUGAUGGUACUUGGCUAUGCCCAUCUGCUGUGGGGCAAGGUUGUUUUCAGCUUCCCUACGCAAUUGUUGAGAAGCCAGUUCACUGUCAGUAAUUUGCAAGACCCACUCUCCUCCUAAAUUGUAUCACCUAAUGCAAACAGGGAAGAUGGAAUAAUCAGCUUCUUUGACAUAAUGUAGUCUGUUUAAUCAUAAAUUGGAAGAUAUUGGUAUACCCCACGCAGCAACAUUUACUAUUGUAACUUUUCUCUCUGUUCAGUGUAGUGGAAUAUAUUGGUAGUUUAAAUUCCCUUUUAAUCCAUGUAAACUAUUUGCUCUUAAACAAGCGUUUUUUAUUUCCAACCUCUAGUGUUUGUUCAUCAACGUGAUUGUCAAGAUGAAUGUUAACCCAGGACCAGCCUCACAUCUUCCAAGUGGAGUGGAUGACUAAAUUCUUCUUCUUGUGUAUCUGCCAGGCUAAAGUAUUACAGCUCUUUAACGUGUCCUGAAAACACCUGAAAUGAUCAGAAAAGCUGUAAUGUUUUGGAAACUGUUUGUCACUGAGCUCUCAAUCACUUAAGUCAAGUUUGGUCUAGUCAUCUAAUGCAUUUCUGAUAUUGACCAUUUUAUGUGAAUAUGAAAAAUCUGCACUUUUUUUGCAAAUAUUACUCUUACCUGGGUUUUGUCCAAAUGAGACUUUCACUUUGUCCAUCAGUGCAUGCUUUAUGAAUGUCUUACAAUGACCAGUAUUUGUAUCUUUACUUGAAACAGCUGCCGAAGGACAUGCAAAGCCCCGAUUUAAACCUCAAUAUGGAAACUGUAAGACCAGCAUUAAUACCAAAACAAGAUGCUCUCCCAGGAAUUGACCAAAUGGCAUAAUCCGUUUCACAGUAAUUGUUGAUUUAUUUUGAACAUGUCAUUUUCAACAGUAUUGCCCUAUAAAAUGUAAUCAAGCCUUUGGUUAGGAUCAGAGUGGGGCUCUUAUUCACUUCAAAGGGGAUCUACAUGCCUCUGCUCAGAUGUUUCCAUGUAAGUUUACUGUAUCAUCACACAUGAAAUCCAAACACUACACAUCAUGGCUGACGCUCAGAGAUUCAUUCGUCACAAUGCUGAUUACUGGGGCUGACAGAUUGCCUCUGGAAAGAGAAUGUUGGGGUCUUGUGAAUGUUUUGUGACCAGAAUCCAUUCUUGGCAUCGCCCAGUAAUGUGGAGCUCUUUAAAUAAGAAGCAACUUAUCACUGGUCUCAUACUCUCAUUGUGAGUUGUUUUAUAGAGACAUUCUGAUAUGAUUACUGUAUACUUUUCUCUUGCGGUCAAAUCACCUUUGACUCCAUUCUCUUCAUCAAUGAAGAUGUUAAAUGCAUUUGCUCAGAUAUGGAGCUAGUUGUGUUUAAGUAUGAAUUGCCAGAACAGAACACCAUGGUAUGAAUUGAAUGUGCCAAAUGACCUGUUGUAUACGUUUUCAUAUGAUUACAAAUGCUGCUGUUUUGUUAAAGAGAUGGCUUUGGAGAAGAGUCGGGAUGUUGGCGCUUAAACCCAAAGCCCACUUUUUGAAACCAUAAGGGACUGGUACUGAAAUUGAUCUUUAUUUCAAUAAAAUUAUUUAAAAUCCUUA